UGUCUCGAGACGUCCAGCGCCACAUCUCCCUAGCUUACCUCUUGCCGGUGCGUGUCAAACGAACCUCGGCGUCUGCUGGUCCGCGUGUCCUCGUGUCUAAAGUGCACCGCCAUGGCCCUAUAUCCUGACAGUUCAUGGGAAUCUCCAGCACUUGAAUACACACAGAGACCCUUCCAGACCCUUGAUAUCUAUGCUUGGAGCCCGCAGGAUUGCGGGGACUGGGCCAGCAGUGUCUGCCGUCGUAGGGGCCUCGACCAGAACGCCGUGGAUCUCUGCUCCUUCAGAAACACCACUGGCGUCCUUCUGCUCCAAUUCUCCUUACAGGACUUCUGCACGCUCGUUGGAGACGACGUCGGCAGGCUGUUCUAUCAGGAUUUUCGGGCUCAGAUUAAGAAGAGGCGAGCUAACUAUAUGGAGAGUUCUGAAGACGGCUAUACCUCUCACUACGGGAUGUAUUCGACCUCCGACCGCGAGAACUACUCUUCUUGGGUGUACACAACCGACGACAUCCGGGCUCUAGACCAGUACAUAUUCGAGGAAAGGGUCGAGGACAAUACACAGGGUUUCGAGUUACCGGGACAGCUGAUGCCUGUUAAGUAUGGUGAACACCCUCCAUUCAACCAACCAGUGGAGAUGGCAAGAAGCGAGGCGACACAACCUCCACUAGACGUAACGACGGGUGGCGCGGAGGUGGGCGUGGUCGAAGAGAUGGGCGUGGCUGAGGAGUUUGGCGUGGGCGCGGGGGCUGAUGGGUGUAGCGCCGAAGGAGGCGCGGUGGCGUCGCUGCUCUAUCCGAUUACAAGCCGGAGGAAGCGCACCCGGGGUCCCAAAGUGUGGGAGUUUCUCGUGCGUCUCCUCCUGGACCCCAGCACCAACCCCUCGCUGAUCGCCUGGGAAGACAGAGAAGCCGGUACCUUCCGUCUGGUGGAGAAGGAGAAGAUCGCUGCCCUGUGGAUAAAGCGGUCGGGAAGCGGGAGUCUGUCGUAUUCCAACUUCGCUCGUACGAUUAGACACCACUACGGGACGGGGAACAUCUUGCCGACGGACCGGCAGCUCGUCUUCGGGUUGGGUGCUGCGGCCUGGGACUACCUGAACAGACUCCGGCAAGAUGGCAGCGCCUUCGAGGACACCAACCCGACCCAACGAUGAGAGCAAGAUACUGUUUCUUUCGGAAUAAUUUGGCUGUGACACAUAGGAUUAGGAUGCGAACCAUUGUUAUUUCGCUGUAUCAUGAAGUUAUUGUAUGCUAUUUGUUUGCUGAAACUCAUUUAAUUAAAUUCAAUUCGAUUUUCCGUAUUUGUGGUUGGGAGAUUAGUGUUUGGCAGGAUUAUUAACUUUUGAUAACGCCAUUUUGUUUAGUUUUCCAAAUUAUUGUUGUUAACGAGAUCCACUCUGGAGAACGUCUGAAAUAAUGAAAAAUAAUGUGUACACCAUUGCCUUAUAGAAACUUAAGGAUGACAGCUUUCAUUCCAAAGAAACAGAAAAUAGAUGGACAUAAUAAUGACAGGUAAGGUUAGGUCAAAGGGUUGGGCAAUUGGCGUAAUAAUUGAGCAGUCUAUGGAUGUGGAAAGCGAUGAGACUUGGUUGUUUCGGCUGUACAGUGGCAGCUUGGUUUGUAAGGCAGUCUACGGGGAAACAUCAGCGGAGGGAAAGACAUUCUCUAAAUAUAUCAUACUUGUUCUGAGAGACUCGUGUACCUUAUCUUCCUGAAGAACUGUUUCUCACAAGAGCCAUAACGUAUGGCAUCGGUGCCCACCAGUCUAAUUUGGCUGCUUUCACACCAAGGUUACACGUAACACUUGGCAAGUUAUUUCAGGCCACGAUUACACGUGGCGGGUGUCACUCGGUUCACAGGAUGGCAUUAUCGGGGCCUGACGAUGUUAUUGUUGUCCAAAGUUCUAAGUAAUUUUGUUACAAAGAUCAAUUUGCCACUUGGAAGAAUAAAGUAGAACAAACUUGCUCUGAUGAAAAUACUUAUAAAGAUUUUUUUCCCUCACAAACAGAUUUUUUUUUUUUUUUUUUUUUUUUUUUUUUUAUAAUUAUACCAUGGAGAGUAUUGUACUGAGGUGAUGUUAUAUUAUACAAACAUUUGUAUUUCUUCACACUGGGCGACCGAAGCAUUGUGUCAAAUCUUUCUAAACACAUAAAAAAUACUCAGUGUGUGUCAUACAUUCAAAAGUUUUCCUUUUUAUAUCAGGUUAUUUGAUUCUAACAGUUUUCAUGAAAUUGGCUAAUAAUAACUUUAGAUGUAAAAAACAUUAACUUUGAAAAAUUUACCUCAAAGGUGGCAGGCCUCACGCUGAAAAAUAACGGAGUUGGCGUCGCACGUCGCACGUCGCACGUGCCACUCCCCUUUUGUGCGACAGGUUCCAUAUAUUUCCGGUUAUUUUGUUUUCAAAUGGUGUGCCACGAGCGAUGUAUCACCUUUGUGUGAAAGCGGGCUUAGAGUUUGUGUGCCCACUUGAUGGCCUGGCAUAGACCAUGGUUUGUGUUUGAUAGAAUGAUAUAGAUACAGCUAUAUAUCAUCUAUUACUAAUUCAUGCCAUGGAACUUUGGGUAUCAAUCUCAAAGUAAAUAAAGAAAAGUAUUUUGUGGCGAUUUCAGAAAUAGAUGAGAAUGGGGCAGAAAGUUGAAGGACACGUAAUAACAGAAAACGUUGCUAGUGAAGCAUCGUCAAAGAAAAUGGUAGUAUGGAGGAGAUACUGAGAUAUUUGGCUUAACGAUAGCCAGAAGUGUAAAUAGGAAUGUAAAUACGGAAAGUUGUCUGGUUGUAUGGUAUGCGUACCCAUUCCCAAGUAUGUAUUUAUGUUGAGUUACAAUCCUACACAAAGUGACUCUAUGUUUUUGUGUUGAAAUAAAGUACUUCAAAUACAAACAUUGUAUGCAAGACCAGUCAGUAUUUCAUAUUAGGAUAGCAGUGGUUUUGGACUUCUUUACUUGUUUAGUUGAAUGUUUUUGUUGCAAUGCUGAACACAAUGGUCCCUCUCCUUAGUUGCAAUACACUUUUUUUUCACUUAGACGGAAGUGUCAAAACAAUAAUGUUCGCUGUUGUUUUGUCUUUUCUAUAGAACAGUGAUAGGACACUAAAUUCCGGGAAGCACUUUACGAUGGCCAAGUUAGUUCAUACUUAUUGCAAUUACUUUUUAGACGGAAGCUAGUCACUGAAAAUGAUUUGCAUUUCUGUUAACGUGUUCGAGGAGUAUUUAUAAAGUUUUUAUCUGUUAAACAAAUAAGUAUUAUUAUUGUAAAGAGGUUCAUCCUUUACUGUUUAUUUUCCGCCCAUCGGCUGAUUGUGUUUUUGCUUUCAACUAUCUCAGAGGUAAAAAAUGUCGUAUUUAUAUUUGUUCUGCUUCUUCCAUUUCUUUAGUUAUAUAUAUAUAUAUAUAUAUAUAUAUAUAUAUAUAUAUAUAUAUUUCCCAGCAGUGAAUAUAAUUUUCACACAUGCAUUAAAACAACAAAUAGUUGUAAAGGAAGCUUUCCUUCAUUUUUUCUUCUUCCUUAGAUGGUUAUUAGAACUGCAUUCUCAACGAGCAUUAGUGUAUUUUGGUAUCUAAAAAUCUGGAAUAAUCUAAUUUAAUGUCUUAUUUCGUUCUGCUCUCUUUUUGAAAGUCAUAAUUUAUUUGUCAGGCAACAGUUACGGAAGUAAAUAAUAAUAAAAGA